AUACGCCAUGGCUUGAAAAGAAGCUAAAAGAUUAGGGUCAAAUUAAUACCAAAAAAAGCCAAUACUUGAUAAAAGGUAAUUCAAUAAAAAUAAAAAUAAUAAUAUACCAUGUACUGUACAUAUUUCAAAAACCUGCUACUUUUACAUCAUAACAACUUUUUUAAAGGCUAAUUUUGUGUAAUAGUGAUAUCUUGAGUGUGUCGUAAUCCUCCAUUCCUCCCUCUCUGCUCCACCUCCUAACUGUUGCUCCAUUUUCCACUCACUCUCUCUCCCUCACUGCCACUCUCUGUAAAAUGCAGCAGAGCUUGAUCUGACUUGUCCUGCCUGCUGGAAGCAGCCGUUUCUCCUCUCUUUCUUUUCUCCAGGACUUAUUUGUUAUUUUGUUUUUUGUUUUUUUGCCCUUUAUCUCCCGCUCUGUGACAUCAUGGCCAUAGCCUUUUCUCUCCAGUGUCUGGGGCUCAUCAUUCUGGCUGCCGUCCUGCUGCAGACCAUCGCCGUGGCCAUCAGCUUCAUCUACUUCAACAAAGUCCUGGACACGAUGCAGGAGAGUUUCUCCAGGAGCAGCGUUUCCUGUCUGAUCAACUCUAACCUUCACUCUGAGCUGGAAAACUCACCAGCAGAGGACAAGAAGAACAACCCCUGCUGGCAAGUCACCCAACAGCUCCACUACCACAUAGAGAAGACGAUGGCUGACAGAUUCCAGAAGGAGAUAUCGUCUGCUAUGAGAAAUAAGCUGACAGGAGUGCUGCCCAUUCUCAGCCCGGGGGUUCCUGUUUCUAAAGUGGCCGCCCAUGUGACGGGAGUCGUCUCCCCUACAAAGUCUCCAAUUACAGAAGGCUCGCGGAGCAGCAGGGGAUUCCUGGGGGAGCGCAUCAGAGCGUGGGAGGGCCAGAGAGGUUUGGCCUUUCUGCAGAACAUGGAGCUGAGAGGAGGAGAUCUGCUGGUGCCCACAGCGGGCCUCUAUUACAUCUACGCACAAACCUACUUCAGACUGCCCUCCACAGGGGAAGGCGAGGGGGAGGCAAAGGAGGUGGGAGAGGCAAAAGAGGAAGAGGGAGCACUGCUUGUCCAGUACAUCUACAAGAAGAUGAGUUCCUACACGGUGCCCAUACUUCUGAUGAAAUCGUCCCGUAGUGCCUGCUGGCCUAAAGGUCAGGAACCUGGUCUCUUCUCCUUACAUCAGGCCGGCACUGCCUUCCUACAACCUGCCGACCGUCUCUUCAUCACAGUUAGCAACGCCAGUGCCAUGGAGAUGGACGGA